AUGCGCUUGCGGGCUGGCCUGGCAGCGUCCACGAUUCAACUGUUUGGGCUUCCGCUGCACCUCCACUGCAACCUCUGUCCUACUUCGACCCGGACCAGUACCAAGCCGGCGACUCUGACUUUCCCCUCAGCCACCACAUUCUCACCCCUUACCGCUUGCCCUCCGCGCGUGGAGUUGGAAACGAUAUCUUCAACACCGGUCACGCGAGUCUUCUCGUCGUUUGCGAGCAUGGGAACGGGCUUGAAAGGACGUUGGUCCAGCCUGGCCCUCCUACCUGUACACAAAGGACUCAUCAAAAUCACCAGGCUCGUCAACUACAUUAAAUCGUAA